UACAUUAAACAAACAUACGGCUCCGGCGCGACGUGUCGAACAGUUCGAGCGACAUUCUAGAACGUUUAGAAUUAUUUAAACUGCAGAAAGAACUUUUGGAAUGUAACAGCAAAGGAACAACAGGAGUUAUCAUUCUGCUACGUGUCCCGAAUUCGUGAAUACGCGCUUCAGCGACUAUUUAAACAACAGCGUCUGCAACAAGGAGACUUGUAGAACUCUGCUUAGCAUGAACCAGUGGUGGAUAUAAUAUGUGAUUGAGGAAAGGAGUCUGGGAUAGUAUUUUGGUAUUCUACAUGUCAGUUUUCCUUUUGUUCCUCCCAAUGAUGGUUAGGUCCAAAGGCCAGUGGACCUUGGAUGAAUAAACCUAAAUGGGAGCAAAAACGGACAGGUCCAGCCUGCCACUAUGGCAGCUUAUGCUCUGAACAGCUUGAUAAUGAUGAACCCCAACAACCUGACCGAUAAGAACAGCCCUCGGACAGGAAGGCCUGUGCUCCCAGUACCCAGUCGUUCAACAUUCAGCCCACCUCUGGGUGGCAGCGGAAGUCCCUAUAGCCCAGGCAGCCUGAGCCCUGGCUCUGCAGGAAAGUCCUUUGUCUUCCCAACAAGUUCUGGUUCCAGUUGUCAUAGAGCACUUUCACCAUGUCGAAGGCCGGAAUCGCUGGGUGUGCAUGUGGGAAGUCGUGUGCGGAGACUCAGUGGGUCAGGACUGGAGGACGAACAGGAGAACGAAGAGCGACGUGUUGCUCUGCAACUUGAACGCAACAAGGAACUGCAGAAUGUGGGGGUAAACAAGAAGGUGGGCCUGUUUGAAGCCCAAAUAUCAGCUCGGGCUUUAAGUCGAGAGGUUCAUCGAAGCCCGCAGAUUUCUAAAAAAACUCCCCAUUAUUUUGCCCCUGACCAACUUUCCAACCUUAGCUUGAACCCAGAGGAAACACUUGCAACACAAAACAAGGAUCACUCAACAGGGAUCCCCAAAGAACUGCAAAAUGGAAAGCGCUUCUCCGGCACGGAGGAGGGGCUGCAGGUCAGCGGUGAAGAGAAGGACGGGGCCGACCCAAAUACAGAAGAGGGCGGCCCACAUAAGAGUACAUCAGCUGGAACUAAGAGCGAUGACAGCCUUACCGACAAUCACUCCAGGACUUCAUCAGAGGCCAAUGACUGCUCAGCAUCUUGGACCAAGACAUGUUUGACAAAGCCAGGAGCUGAGCCAACAACCCAGGCAGAGCCUGACGGGGUAAGUCCAGAGUUGGGCUCCAUCCCCACUGUCAUUAUUACGGACGACGGUAUGGAGGUCAGUGGGGAGGUAAAAGAGGCUGAGGUUAGUCCUCAAACUAACAGAACCCUGAGGAAGCUCUCCUCCUCUUCUGCCUCAUCAACGGGAUUCUCCUCUUCCUGGGAGGAAUCAGAGGACGACAUCUCCAGUGACCCAGAGCGGUCCCCAGCCUUUCUGCAGACACAACAGAAAGCGCAUAAAUCAUGGAAGAAGAUCAAGAACAUGGUGCACUGGUCCCCAUUUGUGAUGUCCUUCAAAAAGAAGUACCCUUGGAUCCAGCUGGCUGGCCACGCAGGCAAUUUCAAGGCAGGGGCGAAUGGCCGCAUCCUGAAGAAACACUGUGAGUGUGAGCAGCAGUGUCUGGACAGGCUGAUGAGAGAUGUGUUAAAGCCCUUCGUUCCUGCUUAUCAUGGAGAUGUGGAGAAGGAUGGAGAGAGGUACAAUCAGAUGGAGGACUUGCUGGCUGAUUUUGACCUUCCUUGUGUUAUGGACUGCAAGAUGGGCAUUAGGACAUAUCUGGAAGAGGAGCUGACGAAAGCCAGGAAGAAGCCUAGUUUGAGAGCCGACAUGUACCAAAAGAUGAUCGAGGUGGACCCGGAUGCUCCCACAGAAAAGGAGAAUGAACAGAAAGCGGUCACUAAGCCGAGGUACAUGCAGUGGAGAGAAACCAUCAGCUCCACCGCCACGCUCGGCUUCCGCAUUGAGGGCAUCAAGAAAGAGGACGGAACGGUAAACAGGGACUUUAAAAAGACCAAGACCCGAGAACAAGUGACCGAAGCCUUCCAAGACUUCGUCAAAGGAAACAAGAACAUCCUGCAUUCCUAUCUGAACCGGCUGAAAGAGAUCAGGGACACUUUGGAAAUGUCACCAUUUUUCAAAACGCAUGAGGUGAUUGGCAGUUCUCUACUCUUCGUCCAUGAUAAACGGGAGCUGGCAAAAGUGUGGAUGAUAGACUUUGGGAAGACGACUCCACUGCCGGAGGGGCAGGAGCUGAGCCACAGGGCCACCUGGAUGGAGGGAAACAGAGAAGAUGGCUACCUCUACGGCCUGGACCACCUCAUAGACAUUAUUUCGAAUAUGCUUGGUCCUAACCCCCACUAGAGUAAGAGGAAUUGAUCUCUACAUCGGCACUACAAUUCAAGACCUCACAGGGUUUUUCCUAAAGCUAUCCUAACCGAUCGGCCUGUCUCACCAAACAAAACAAAAAAGCAAGGUGUAAUACUUAAAACAAAAUGCCAGCCGCAGUGGCCUUUAAACGAGCGUGUAUGUUUGUAAACUUGUAGAUGCUGUAUAUAUAGUGUAAAUGCCAGUGUUUCGGUUCAGAAACAUGUGUGAAUAGGAUAUUUGCAGAUAUAAUGCUUUAACAGACAGGUGAAUCUCAAAGCCACACUUGCUUUAUGCUAUAUGCUGUUAUGGAGAAGUGUAAAGCUGUUUUACUCGUGAUUGUCUUAAUAUUUUGUUUUUAGCCUCUUUUUAUUUGGUUUGGUAAUUCACACCGUGAAACUAAAAUCUAAAUUUAGGUUAAUUUAGGUCUAUGUUCUAAUGUUAAAGCCUAACUACCACUCUUUUUCAGAUAGAUAUAUUUACAGGAUUCAAAUUUUAGCGUUUUUACCCAGUUAAGAUGCAAGUAGUGUUAAAAUACAUGGUUUAUACGGAGUGCCUAUUGUAGAACAAAUGAAAUUAUCCCAUUUGGUGGAUGGUCUUACACUGUGCUUCAAUUCUGAAAUUGUUUAUAUCGACAUUCCAUAAAUGCAUUCAUUAUUCUGUCAAAAUAGGUCUGGGUAUCGAAACCGAUUUUCUAAAAUUAUUAAUGAUUACAGGCUAUCAAUUCAGUUGAGACUUUGAUUGACCUAAAAUGAUAUAAAAAAUGAUUGGGUUACACAGAAUAUUGCUUCUUUUUAAUUUAUUGAAAUUAAAAGUAGUUAGAGUCAAUGGUUUGAUGAAUCAUUGGUGUUCAUAAUUGAUGUUUUUGAACAGAUUGUAAUAGUCUUUCGUUUUGGGAAUGUGGCUAGACUUCUGGUCAGGAUAGAUUUAUCCAUCCAGUUCUGUUAAAAAUAUUAAUAAUUUCCUUCACAUUAAUAUAUUCCCAUCCAUACUCAGUUGUCUAAAUUGGACUGCACUGGACACACUGUGUUUGUGAUUCAUUUUAGAUGUAGAAUUCUGAAACCCUGAUUAUUAGUGCAAACAGACAUGGUGACAUUUGUUCAACCUAGAUAAAAAGGAACACUUUUAACCCAAAUAGUUGAUAUUACUAGAAAAUUGAGUGGAAACUCAUUGCCUUAAACCACUUAUGUUUUUACACCCAUAGAACUACAUAAAACCUUGAUUUUUAUGUUAACCUUAUUUACUGUUGGGGAUGUUUUCAUCCACUAUAGGGUGGUUUUAUGUCUUAAUUUGGCCAUAUUUUUUUCUGUUUCAGCUAGCAGAAUGAUUUUUGGUGACAAAUCUUAUUGACACAUAAUUUGUGAAAAUGCCUUGAUUUUUGCUUUUGAUGAAUACCCUUUUGUUUUGUGGGAUGAAAACAUCCACUGAAUUAAACUGCUGUAAAAAUGCAUCAGAUUAAUAUUUUUAUCUUUUUUUGUGGCAUAAAUCUGUUAAUCAACCUCAGUCCUGAUAAAAACUACUAAAUUGCUUAGAAAAUUACAGGAUUUUAACUCUUUAAUUGCCAAAUUUAUAAAAGAUGUCACUGAUUUGGUAAAAAACACACACAAAAUUACAUAUUUUUAAUAUAAAAAGUAAUUGUGGAUUGGAUUUUUUUAAACCUUUAAUUAAAGGUAAAGGUUUAAUCAAUGUGAAACAACAUUGCCUUUGAUGCAAUGUUUUUGAUUCAUUUUCAUUUUUUUUCUCCAUAAUUUACUGUUGGUGACUGUUUUUGAACCAUUGACUUCUAUUAUAACCACGUUUUUUUUGAUUACAAAACCAUGACACCAUAUAAUCAUGCAUUUUUGAUUGUUGGUGGUUUUCCCUGUUGGAAAGAGGUAAUAUUCAUAAUUUCUACUGUUGAUCAUCAGUUGGCACCAUUAACCCUUUAGAUAGGCCUAUGCAAAAAAAGCUUAGUUUCUGGAUUUUAUAUGGAGUAUAACAGCAAAUUAAUGUGUGUAUGUGUGUCUGUGAGUGUGAGAGAAUGACCUUUGCGCACUUACCUUGAUGUGUCUGAGAAAAUCAAAAUAUGCAUCUCAGCUCUCAGAACUACAUGGAGUAAAUAAAAACAAAGACUGUGUAUUUAUGCACCAUCAAGUGUGGUUAUAAUGGAAGUCAAUGGGACAAAAACAGCCACCAACAUUAAAUUAGGAAGAAAAACUGAAAAUCUAACAAUGCAUCAGUGUUGUUACUAAUCAAUACUGUCCAAUACUGUGAUAAAAGGUAAAAAAAAAAUCCAGUUAACAACUACUUUUUAUAUUGACGUCAUUUUGUGUGGGUUUUUUUUUUUUCACCAAAUCAGUGACAUCAUUUUUGAACUUGGCAAAAAGAAAUUAUAUUUAUCUGAGGCAUUUUUACUGCAGUUUAAUUCAGUGGAUGUUUUCAUCCCUAACAUAACAAAAGGGUAGUAAAUUUAAACCGUUUUAAACAGUUAAACAGCACAAGGGUUACUUCUAAUUUAAUUAAAGUUUCCUCAUGAGAUUGGGCUGGUUAAUUCAACUAGAGCUCUUUAGUUUCACCUUUUGUAAAAACUUAAGUGGUUUAAUUUUCUAGUAAAGUCAACUAUUUUGGUUAGGAGUAAAGUUUCCACCAUCUAUAGGACAAAUACUUUAUCAAACAGCCACUUAGUAAAAGGGAUAUUUAGAAUGGAUAUCUAAACUAUUCCAAUAAAGACCAAGAAGAUUAAUUAGAAAAUCGAUAUCUUUACCCAGCCCUAUGCCCAAGUGGCCACAAUAAUUAAACAAGCUUCAGGGUUUUUUUCUCAGGAAGUGGCACCCAUUCAAGACGACUCUUUAUCUGUCAACAACGCCUUGUCUCGACAGCACUUUGUCUAAGGACUGCAAACUCCAUUUGACCUACAACAUCUGUUGACCAAAAACGUCAAACAUUCCAAGCAAGUUUAAACACUUAAAAAAAAAAAAAACAGGACUGCAAAUGCCUUCUAACUUUGGAAUCACAAUAAAAUAAGUGCUUUUCAAACAGCCCAAAUGGCAUUUUAAUAAUACAGACCGUGACCUUAACCUUCGUACACAUCUGUUAACCUAAAAUGUCAACCAUUCCACGCAAGUUCAAACAUUGCGGAUAUAGUCACAAGAGCCUUACGAAGUGUUGUUCUUCCUUUGAAAAGUGCCUGAGGCCUCUGAAUGCUGACUCUCCCUCUCUUCAUGUUUGAGAGAAGAGAUUGUUGUUUGCAUGACUAUUUGCCAUGCAAAAGACCCAUCCCUGCAUACCCCCAAACAAUGAGAUAAUGCUCCAAGCAAAAUAUCGCUGCGAUAAAAACUAAUUUGUUGGUCAGUAUGGAAAACAUAUGCUGACACAAGCAUAAACGCAAUCCGUGAUUAGCGCUUGUUGAUUUAGCUCAGGGCGAGGAACACCCCGGGCGGACCUACAGAUGGGAACGUCAGUAGAGGCAGAGGGGUGAUUGAGAGGCCUCCAAUCAAAUGUCAUCGCAACUUUUUUUUCACCCAUUAUAUAUUUGUGACGAUAUUUUGUUGUUUUAAAUAAAUGACCUUUUUAUGAAUGCAAACGGAAGAGAGAGGACAAAAGGUUAAUGGGUGGUUUAUGGAAACUCUUCUCAAAUGGCUGUCCUACAGAUCCCUAAACAUGCUGAAAAUUGAAAGGAGACAUAAAAUAGGUCUAAUCAUAGCUGCUGUAUGUAUUUUAUUUUAAAUAAGCCUGCCAGUAGGGUGUGCAAUACAAUGCACGUCAUGAUUUUGCCAAGUAUGAUGCGAUACUGGAUUAACAUCUAUAUUGAUCCUGGAACAUCAUUUUUCUUCAAAAAUGUAAUUUAUACCUAUACCUUACCGCUAACUCCAACCGUAGCUGUAAAUUAUUCCCAAAAUAGAGUGGAAUAAUAGUUAGAUAACAAUCAUGUAGAAGUGCUUAAACCUAAUCAUAAGCCUAAACUCAACAUAAACUGUAAACGUAUCCCUUAAUUCUGAUUGGCUGAUUAGAACGUUGUUUCAGGAUCAACAUAGAUGUUAAUCCAGGAACAUGUCCUACUUGGUGAAAUCAGGUUGGCGGCAAUACUUAUACUAAUACUUAAUACUGAAACUAAAAAUUCUGGAUGCAGUUUGACAAACAAAAAAAAAGCCAAAAUUCGAAAAGCAAAUAAUAGAAAGCGAUUUUGAACAAUUUUUUAUAUAGUUUUAACAAAACAAAUGUAAAUUAUGCUGAUUUAAAAAAACACAAGGCAUUAAAAUAACCACAUUUUAACGGAAGUUACAUUUUAUUGAGAGUAAACGAGUUUGAGAGGUGCCGUCUUACCAGCAUUAUCAUGACAACACAGUAGCGCCAUUGGUGAGCAUGUGCAGUUCAUGCAUAGAUAUGUAUAUGGCUAAAUGAGUGGAAUAUCCACCGAGUGGUAUAUUGAGAGAUUCUGAACUUUGACCGCUGAAAUUAAUUUCUGCAUCCGAAAUCACCUACUACUCGAGUAUGUACUAUAUUUGAAUUUACUAUACGAGUAUGAAUGCGACUAGUAUGAAUGGAGCUUGGAUGUACUACAUCCACCAUUAGUAAUUAUCACGUGACCUACCGGCGUCGGUUGCGACAUGCAUUGUCUGAAUAGUCAUAUAGUCGUAAUAGUCACAUCACAGGAUCUGCAAUGUCAUGUUGGGAUUAUGAUUAACCAGGAAUCACAGUUCAGUAGACAUGAUUUGUAGAGUCAUUGUGAAUUAUAACCAUAAUCUAAUAGUGUUCUCGAUUUUUUUACUUGAAUGUGUUUUUUAGGGCCUGUGAUUUAAAGGCAAAUUUAAAAAAAAUUGGGCAGAAGAAAUUGUAACGUUUGCCGCUUUUAAAAUGAAGACUAUAUCGUGUUAUUUUAGAUUUGAUAAUUGAAUUUCUGUCCAUCAAUAUUGUUCGAGUCCACAUAAAAAACCACAAAGAGUUGUUUAGUUAAUUUUUUUUCUUUGUUCUUUUGUUUUGGUCUGUGCUUUAUUUUAAGUUUUUAAAUUUUAGUAUAUUUUAUUCAAAUCCUACAAAAUUGUCCCAAUAAAUGUAAAAAUUAUGAAUUGUUUCCAGUAACUUAAGUCAUAUUGUGAAAUUAUAUUCAUAUCGCAAUAUACAUCGCAGAAAAGUUGCAAUGUAAUUUUUUUCCAAUAUUAUGCAGCCCUAUAGUACAUACGGAAGGAUGCGAUUUCGGAUGCAGCCAAUGUGCUUUCUGCAUUCAGUGUGAAAAUCUGCUUUAACCAUGCAGUAAAUACAGCGGUAGGGAGCUAAACACUGCUGGGCAGUGGAUAAGUAUAGCCUUUUUUAACAAAUUUUCAACAGCUGAAAAUUCGAUGCAUCCUUGAUAUACAUAGUCUAUGUAUAUCCCUCAAUUUGCAAAACGAACAAAAACUUGUAUUUAUAUUUGAAGAACUACCUACUGGCGGCUAUUAUAUUAUCCACACUCAAGUUAUCAACAAACACAUGAAACCUAAGCUGUAAAAAAAGAUUGAAUUAGUCUGCCAACAAUGCAAAAAAAUAUGUAUUAAUACUACAUACAACAACAGAGCUCUAAAAAUGUGACACAUAUAACAGAAAUAAUAUGAAUUAUUAUUAUAGAUUUAAAAUAAAAUAAUAUGAAGAAAAAAUUAUAACAGAAAUAAAAUCUGUUUUAAUACAUGGCCACUUUUUUUUAUAUUUUUACAUUUGUGUAGGUACAGCAUUUAGUGCAAAAUGUCUAAAUCUAACUUGAACUAGUAUUUAAAACAAACUAAAUUUCUUCAGCAUUUUGAGGCAUAUAAAAUACUUACAGCAGCUUCAAUGAGGUCUAUUCUCUCAAAAAUGAUGUUUACUUUUCACUAAAUCCAAAAUUUUCCCUUAACAAACUAAAAGUGGAAGUAGGGCUUCCCCUGCUGUUUAUGGUGCUGUAUUGCAGAGAACAAACAAAACUGACCAAGUCCUUCUUCUUGCCCUUGAGAUGUUUUACAUUUCAUGCCAUAUUUGUGAAAGGUCAAUAAUUUGUGGGGACUUUUAGUGGUGUCAUAUGCUUACUUAUAUUUAUAUUUUGUUACAUUUUGCACAAAAACACUACAUGUAGCUGCAUUUUUUUUCUCCUUGUUUGUUUGGCUUUACCUCCCAUAUCUUGGUGAUGUAGUGGUUCACUGUAAUGUUAGCUAAGCCCAUUGCUGUGUAAAAAAUGUGCAAAUGUCUUCAGAGUGUGCUCUGUCUCUUUAAGAAAAUAAAUCUCUGAAACCAGUGCUAUUUGA